AGAAUACCAGAGGCUGCAGGACACGUCAGAGUCCGACUACCAACGACUGCCCAGCGAUGAUGAAGAGAAACUGGGCAAUAGCAUGCAGUGUGAGGAAGGCACAGAAUGGCUGCUGGAGCUGCUGAUGGAGGUGCAGCUGCAGCAGUACUUCCUGCGUAUCCGAGAUGAUCUUAACGUCACACGUCUGUCACAUUUUGACUAUGUCAAGAACGAAGACCUGGAGAAGAUUGGCAUGGGUCGACCUGGGCAGAGACGACUGUGGGAGGCUGUGAAGAGGAGGAAAGCAAUGUGCAAGCGCAAGUCUUGGAUGAGCAAGGUGUUUAGCGGUAAGCGCCCAGACGGAGCAGACCUCCCCCAGCAAGGCCAACCGGCCUCCUCUUUCCGUAAGCUGUCUCCCACGCCACCUCUGGGCCUGGGGGAGGGAGUCCUGGCCACACAGCCUGGUGGCAGUGCUCCUCUUGAUGGUCAGCAGCAGGCUCUGACCUGCCUUAUCCCAGAGAAGGACUUGACGCUGCUUGAGAAGCUCGGGGACGGCUCUUUCGGUGUAGUGAAGAGAGGAGAGUGGCUGACACCUGCAGGAAAGGUGCUUAACGUAGCUGUGAAGUGUCUGAAGACAGAUGUGCUCAGCCAGCCCGAUGCUCUGGAGGACUUCAUCUGUGAGGUCAACGCCAUGCACUCCCUGGACCACCAGAACCUCAUUCGCCUCUACGGUGUGGUGCUCACACACCCAAUGAAGAUGGUAACGGAGCUGGCUCCUCUGGGUUCUCUGCUGGAGCGUUUGCGCUGUGUUCGUCUGCAGGGCCCCGUGUUGAUCCACAGUCUAUGCCAGUAUGCCGUGCAGGUGGCUUGUGGCAUGGCCUAUCUGGAGCAGAGGAGGUUCAUCCACAGGGACUUAGCAGCCAGGAACAUCCUGCUGGCCUCAGCUCACAGAGUGAAGAUCGGUGAUUUUGGCCUGAUGAGGGCGCUGCCUAACAACCAUGAGCACUAUGUCAUGCAGGAACAUCGCAAGGUCCCCUUUGCAUGGUGUGCCCCAGAGAGUCUGAAGACCAGAACAUUCUCUCAUGCUACUGACACGUGGAUGUUUGGAGUUACUCUAUGGGAGAUGUUCACACAUGGCCAGGAGCCUUGGCUGGGUCUUAAUGGCAGCCAGAUCCUGCAUAAGAUUGAUAAAGAAGGUGAACGCCUCCCUAAGCCAGAAGACUGUCCACAGGAUAUCUACAAUGUGAUGCUACAAUGUUGGGCUCAGAAACAAGAUGACAGACCUACCUUUGCCGCUCUGCGAGAGUUCCUGCUUGAGACGAUGCCCACAGACAUGUGUGCUCUGCAGGACUUUGACGAGGCAGACAAACUACCGAUCCAGGUCAAUGAUGUCAUCACCAUCAUUGAGGGAAGGGCAGAGAACUAUUGGUGGCGAGGUCAAAACAAAAGUACCCAAAAGGUCGGGCAGUUCCCCAGGAACGUGGUGACAUCAGUUGCGGGUUUGUCAGCUCAUGACAUCAGCCGGCCACUGAAGAACAGCUUCAUCCACACAGGCCACGGAGACAGCAACCCUCAUCGCUGCUGGGGCUUCCCUGACAGGAUUGAUGAUUUGUACCUCGGGAAUCCCAUGGACCCUCCUGAUGUUCUUGGUUUAGACCUCAAUUCUGCUCGGCCCACACAGCUACCAGGACGAGCUAAAAAGCCUUGCUAUGAUCCGGUAAAUGAGGAUGAGGAUCUGACAGCUGCAGGACUGAAGAGAUUAUCACUUCGGAAAACGGGUUCCGUCAAAGGCCUCAAACUUAAACCAGCUGCGUGGGUCUCUGCUUCCAGACACGGGAGUAUCAGGACUGCAGGCUCAGGCCACAACCCCAAAAGUGAAGUGUCCCUCAUUGACUUUGGGGAGGAGUUCGCCCCAACCACACCCUCCCCGUCCCCCGUCAUUGAAAUUCCGAUCCCCUCACUGGCGAAGCUGGCUUUGGAAGCAGAUAAUAUCUUGGACCGCACUCCACCUCAGAGUCCAUGCAGGUCACUGCCCCGCCCUCUGCACCCCACACCAGUGGUGGACUGGGACGCCCGGCCAUUACCCCCACCCCCGGCCUAUGAUGAUGUAGCCGGGGACGAAGAUGAUAUGGAGGUGAGCUCCAUCAACAGCUCUGAGCAGCAGCAUGAAGACGAGCAGAGUGACGUCUGCCACCCAGACGAGGCUUUCUCUUCUACACAGAGGGUGGAGGGUGAUGCUACUGUCUCCAGGGGUCAAGACAGACCAGGCUUGGAGGACAACCUCUUUCUCCCCAACAAGCAGAACCAGGCCUCGUCCUCCUCUUUCUCCCAGUCUGCAGAGAUCUUCCAAGAGCUCCAGCAAGAAUGCAUGAGGAGGCUCAACGUGCCAACCCAGAGCUCAAUCCCAUAUCCUCAGACACAAGAUGGACACGUGUCCUCUACUGAGGACAAGCCCCAGAUCCCUCCCCGUGUCCCCAUCCCCCCUCGCCCCAUAAAGAGGGGCGACUACACAUCUGGUCGCUGGUCAAGGGACCUCUCCCUGUCCCCAACGCCAGCCGACACCACAGAGGAUGUUUCAGGACCAGACAAAGACCGACCACCUCAGAUCCCUCCCAGAGACCCGUUGUCCCAGCCGGGCUCCAGGACUCCCAGCCCAAUGGGCCUGGUGGUGGGCUCCCCCCAGCAGAGAGUCUACUCUGUCAGCCCCACCACCAUGCAGGUUCCCCUUACCUCCUGCCCCUCCACACACACCUAUGGCUCCUACCUCUCCACCUCUCCAGGAAAACUCAUGCCAACUACACACAGCUUUGCCUCAGAUCCUAAAUAUGCUGCACCCAAAGUGAUCCAGGCCCAGGCACAGGGGAAGGACUCCGCCAGCAAGGGCCCCUGUAUCCUCCCCAUCGUCCGUGAUGGACGUAAAGUCAGUAACACCCACUAUUACCUUCUGCCAGAGAGGCCACCGUACCUUGACCGCUAUGGCCGCUUUUUCAGGGAGGCAGAGAGCCUGAAUUCCAGCAGCAUGGAGGACAGGCAUGUGCGGCAAGCUAAUACCGCCACCGUCAGACCCAUGGUGGUCAGUAGCCAGACUCUCCAAGGACAGGCCCAUGGACAGGGGCUCAUCCAGCAGAGCGAUCUGAAGGCUAAUUUCUCCUCCAACAAUAACAGCAAUCUGGGUGGGACACGGUCAGGGAUGAAGACAUCAGUUAGUCUCCCUCGUGUGUGUGUAGACGGGCUGACAGCUGCGGUUGUCGCUGCUUCCUGUACCAGGACAGACGGAGGAGGAAACUCAGCUGACAGGGUCAAAAUGGUGCAGGAGGCAGUUCACGGCGUGACACUAGAGGAGUGCCAAACCGCCCUCCAGAACCACAACUGGAAUGUUCAAAAAGCUGUGCAUUACCUGAAGGUGGAGCAGUUGUUCUGUUUGGGUCUGAGGAGCAGGUCUGAGUGUCUAAAGCUGCUGGAGAUGUGUGACUGGAACCUGGAGGUGGCCAGCUCUCAGAUGUUAGAUAACUAUGGAUCCACAACGAGGCAGAGACGGUGACAGAAAUCUCAAGCUGCUGAGCUCUGAUUGGAAAUUCAUCCGCAGUAAUGUCAGAGGAGGUGACUCUGCUCCUGACCUUCCUGUUUGACUCUUCAGCCACACACAUCCAAUCAGAAGACUGUUAUUUGAGUAUAAGAAUCAAGAACAUUGUCACUCAACUUGCACAAAAUACCAAACUUCAUUACAGCUCCAUUUAUACUCACCAUGGAUACAGAAACUUAGCCUGGGGGCAAAAAGGACUUUGGUCUAAAAAGAUAUGAGAUUGUUGCACUUAUUAGGAAAUAGUUUACCACCAUUCAUCAUCGUUCUAAAGGCAAAAAACGACACUGUCCUUGUGCAUUCAAGACUAUUUGGUCAGGCUCCUACAGUGUCACAGAUUCUGGGUGCUACAAUAUUGUCAGAUCUACUUACUACUAUCAUCACUGCCACAAUUAGACUUUUCUUUUAGUUAAACGGGUACA